UCGUGAGUCUUCUCUCCAAGUCGGGCUUUCUUCCUCUCUGUUCAUUAUCUUCUGGGUCCGAUCUGCAGUCGACUAUGGAUCUUCCCUCGAACACCCAAGCGCAUCUGCCAGUGCCAAGUGUACAAGAGCUCGCAAGAGAGCCGUUAGAUGCAGUGCCAAGUAGAUAUAUCAGGGAUGACGUGGACGACCCAGUCAGCAAUCCCUGCAACCCGUCCCUCCAAAUACCUACGGUCGACAUGUCCAGGCUGUUGGACGCAGAAUCCCAAACGGACGAGCUGCACAAGCUCUAUUCCAUUUGCAGAGAUUGGGGGGCAUUUCAGCUGGUUAACCAUGGUGUGGCGGAUGAGCUGGUAAAAAGUAUGAAGGAGAAGAUCGGAGAUUUCUUCAACUUUCCACUCCAAGAAAAGAAACGAUAUGCACAGAAGGAAGGAAGUGUAGAAGGGUAUGGUCAGACAUUCGUGACCUCAGAAGAACAGAAGCUUGAGUGGAAUGACAUGCUUUUCAUUCAUGCCCUUCCCAUUGAAGACAGGAACUAUAGUUUCUGGCCAGAACGCCCUCAAGGAUUCAGGGAAACUCUAGACAGUUACUCGGGAGAGGUGAAGAGGCUAGCAAUUUCCCUGCUGGAAUUCAUGGCCAAGGGCCUUGGGCUAGAGGUCCAUGAAUUCUCCAAGCAUUUCAACAACGGACAAUGCCAUGUACGGAUGAAUUACUAUCCACAUUGCUCUCAACCACAGCAAGUGAUCGGGAUGGCGGCACAUGCAGACAUUUCAGGCAUAACUAUCUUGCUUGAAUUGGACGAAACACAAGGCUUACAGAUUCGAAAAGAUGGAUAUUGGGUCCCUGUUGAGAUCCUCUCUGGUGCAUUUCUCAUAUUCGUUGGGAACAUUGGAAUGAUUAUGAGUAACGGGAUUUACAGGAGUGCAGAACACAGAGCCGUUGUAAAUAGUUUGAAGGAGAGAAUAACGAUUGUCACUUUCUGCUAUCCUAACACAGAUGCCAUAUUUGGGCCGGCCCGCAAUCUUAUCAAGCCAGAUAAUCCAGCACUCUACAAAACCCUCAGUCAUGCUGAGUACUUCAAUCGAUUCUUUAGCCAGGAUAACUUCUACGGUGAAACUCAGUUCAUUGACACCUUGAAGAUUGAUGCCUAAUGGUAAAAAAAAAAAAAGAAGAAAAAAAGAUCUUAUUUCUCCCAAAUUUCACCAAGAGGUUCAUGUGCCAUUUAGUACUGAGUUCUGCUUUGUUUAGUCGGCAUGUAUGUGCCUAAUGAGUAUGAUAUGCAUACAUGACAUAACUAUGUAUUUGUAUCCAAAUUUAUGUAUUUUAUAUUUACAUGUCAUCACAUUCCAGAUUA